CAUUGUUGUCAAUUGCAUGUUUAUCAUUAGCAGCCAAAAUGGAAGAACCCAAAGCACCAUUUUUAUCAGAGUUUCAUACAAAAGAUUAUCAAUUCGAAAACAAAGUGAUUCAAAGGAUGGAAUUAAUGGUGCUCACCACAUUGGAAUGGAAGAUGAGUUCUGCAACACCUUUCUGCUAUUUGCAUUACUUCAUCAGAAAAUUUCAUGGUGAAUUUGAGACUAAAGGACUAAUUUGCAAAGCUAUUGAAUUUAUUAUAGCUAUCAUCAAAGAAAUGAGUUUGGUGGAUUGUAGACCAUCGAUUAUUGCUGCAGCUGCAGUGUUAGCUGCUUUGAACGGUGGAUUAACAAGGAAAGCAAUGGAGGAUAAGAUUGGUUGCAUUUCAUUGUGGGGAUCUUUACAAAGUGAACAUAUAUUUUCAUGCUAUAAUAUGAUGGUGGCAAUAGAGAUGAGAAAAUAUGUCAGUGAUGGAGGAGGUGGUGGUGGCAUUAAGAGGAAACUUACAUUCAAUCACUCCUCUGAUCAAAAUAGCCUGUCAAAGAAAAUAUGUCGGCCAUAAUGGAAAUUGGGUAGUUUUAUUUUUUUUAAUUUCCCUUUUUUUUAGUGAUAAGAUUUAGGGUUUAUACAAUUAGAUUGAUUUGUUUCAAUUAGAUUUUCCAUAUCAUGAUUUGGUGUCCUUUUUAGUGUGUGUUUGGGAAAUUACCAAUUUCCAAUUAAAAAAAAAGUAAAAUAUAAACAUAUAGGAUAGUUUUAGGAGGUGAUUAUUGUUUUUUUCUUUAAAUAAGAUUUUGAGUUCAAAUCUUGUGAAUGGAUAAAACGGUGUUAAAAAAAAUUUAUGUUUUAUUUUGGACUUUAAUUUGAUUCAAUUUUGGUAUUUAA